GUGAAACUAAGAAAAUACUCUUCUUUUUUUCUUUGCCGUUAACUUAAUUAAACCUUAGUCAGCUGCCACAGUGAUGGAACAACGUACUUCAGCAUGCUUCGGAAAAAGGCCACGUUUGGACGCUUUAAUUCGGAAUGCUACCAUUCGAUUGUAAUGAAUUUUUGCCGGACGAUCCGCGCGCAAUGGCGUAAUUGUAACUUAUGUACAGAAGAGGGGAAAAAGAAUUGAGUAUUAUAAAUUCGCAAACAGUGGUAAAAAUGAUACCAGGUGUGCAACAUUGAGCGAAUGCACACUUUUGAAAGUUUUAACCGUUAUUCGAUGACAAUUGAUGACACCUAAAUAAAGUAAUUAACUUUAAAAAUCCGUGUAAAUGGUACUUAAAUAUUCCGUGACGCUUACACAACAUAUUUAUUAUUUAAAAGCAUGCCCGCUGAAUACCCCCACACUCCGCCCGGGCGUUAAUUUUUCCCUGUUAUUUGAGUCGUCACACAACGCUUCUCUCUACUAACUGAAGAAGGGAGAAGAGUUGCGUGACAGCCCCAAAAACGGCUGCAGAGGAGACGAAGACAAGCUAUGCAGAGUAUCAGAGCGCAGUAUCAAAGCCAAGGAGCUCAUAUGACUCCUGCCCAUCCUUUUUACUAUAACUCCUUGGCAGAAUGUGCCCAAAUCGUUGGCACACCCAAACAGAUUUGGUAGUCCGGCAGGUUGUCACACCCCGUCGGUAGUCACGUGCUAAGAAUUUGCCAUAUCACGUGUGGGACGUACAGUUUAAAAACUUCCGUUUUGACUGAUUGUGCCCAUAGCGAUUUGACAAUGGCGACCAAGAGCAAUCUCUCCGCUGUGCUUCGUAAAGUGGACGAUCUUUGCUUGGAGGAACGCCCAAUCCCAGAACCUGGCAAGGGCGAGGUGCAAAUUGCAAUGCAUGCUGUUGGAAUCUGUGGUUCAGAUGUGCAUUACUGGAAGAAGGGAAGAAUUGGGGACUUUAUCCUCACAGCACCUAUGGUUCUUGGGCAUGAAUCAAGUGGGAUAGUGUCUGCUCUUGGUGAAGGGGUCACAGACCUCAAAGUUGGUGACAGAGUGGCCAUUGAACCAGGAGUUGGCUGUCGGAUUUGCUCCUUUUGCAAGGAAGGUCGUUACAAUUUAUGUCCAGAAAUGAAGUUUGCUGCUACGCCUCCAUAUGAUGGCUCACUGUGCAGAUACUAUGUUCACGCUGCUGACUUUUGUUAUAAGCUUCCUGAUCAUGUAUCACUUGAGGAAGGAGCUCUCCUUGAACCACUCUCUGUUGCAGUACAUGCUUGUCGUAGGGCUGGUAUCUCCAUUGGAAGCAAUGUAUUGGUUUGCGGAGCUGGUCCAAUCGGUUUAGUGAACCUUAUGACUGCCAAAGCUUGUGGUGCAAGCAAAGUGGCCAUCACAGAUCUUGAUGAAGGCCGGCUAAAUAAAGCCAAGGAACUUGGUGCAGACUAUAUCAUCAAAGUAGAUCCUGGCAAAGAUAGCCGUGCCUUGGCUAAGGAAGUUGUAAAUAGCCUGGGAUUGGCUGAUCAAAGCAUUGAAUGCACUGGAGCCGAGUCUAGCUUUCAUACAGCAAUUCAUGCAACCAAGUCAGGAGGGACACUUGUGGUAGUUGGGAUGGGGAAGGCAGUUGUGCAAUUUCCCAUUGUGGAUGCUUUGGUUAGAGAAGUGGACAUCAGAGGAAUUUUUCGAUAUGUUAACUGCUACCCUACAGCCUUGGCACUGAUUGCAUCUGGAGCAGUGAAUGUCAAACCACUUAUGACUCAUCACUUCAAACUGGAGCAGUCUCUAGAUGCCUUUGAGACCUCUAGAACCGGUGCUGGAGGAGCAAUCAAAGUUGUCAUCCACUGCAAUGAGGGAUACCAGAUAUAAUAAAAAAAUUGAUAUCUCAACAGUUUUCUAAUACAUAGUUUUUUUCAAGGCAAGCAAUGUAGUUUUCAAUACCAUGGUAUCCUUUAUUUCAAGUAUUUUGGCAGAAAGAUCGGACUAUAAAAUAUUUGUCGCCUUUUAACACCUUGAGUUGUGGGACUGCAAAAUGUAAAAUCGAACUGAUCUCUUUUUAGUCAUACCAUGUUUUAGAAUUCUCAUAAAACCAAAAUAUCACUUUGAUAUAGGAGAAGUGAGAACAGUCUUAGACAACGUCAAAUAGUUAUUUUUAUAUGGAACAGGCAUCAUAAAAGGCUCAAGUUGUGUGCUUGUUGUUUAGGCUUUGGUUGUCGAUAAACAACUUGGGACCAGUCUGAAAAAUCUAUGAGCCGGGUGACUGAGAGUAAGAGUGUGCACUUGGUAGAGACAAAAGGACGGAAUAGUCCUCUAAGUUAAUGCUUAGUCGACCUAGCUUUACCUGAAUUUAGCUAAAUUGAAGCUAGUGGCUUAGGAAACUUUCCAAAUUAAAACGUAGCGUUUCAAGUAAAUUAUUGACUAGGAAAAAAGUGGUAAUGGAUUUUAUUUUGGAGGUAUCUUGGUCUUGGGUUAUUUAUUAUAAAUAAGAUGAACAUAUAAUUAAACAAAAUAAACUUUGACAAGCUA